UGUCACUAAUACAAACGUCAAAUCAAAAUAAAUUGCAAAUUGUUGUGUAGUGUUGUCCUGCUCCUGUAAUCAAACUGCGCUGCGUCAAAUCAAACUAAUCAACAGAAACAAAGAGUAUAAUAAGUAUACUAUAGAAACAUAAAGCUAAAGAUCAAUACUGAGAACACAAAUACAGUGUACAAGAGAGAAAAGAAUAUUUACGAUUCCACUAAAGAACUGCAAUGGACAACCAAGAUAACACCUUAAAGUAUCUUAUUUCAGUAGAAAAAUUAGCUCAAGAAAUUUUAUCUGAUAAACAAGAGAUUAUUUUAUUAGAUAAAAGAAGAAAUGAGAAUCGGGAGGCACUGCGAAAUUUAACAAAAUCUUCGGAAUCAAAAUGUUGGCUUACUGUGGGUUCAGUAGUUAUCAAGCACGAUAUUGCUACAGCCAAGUCUCUUUUAGAAGCUGACCAAAAGCAGUUGAAUAUUGAUAUAAAUCAACUAAGAUCAGAGCUAAAGGUUAAGGUCAACAAUCUAAGAGAUCUUGAAAUGCAACCACCUGUCCCUGGUUUAAUGUUAGUUCCCUUGACACAUAUGGAAAAUGAAGGCUUAACAAAUGCAGGUCUGUUCAAUUAAAUAAAUCAAUUUAUAUUAUUUCUCCUGAUGAAAGGUAAAGAAAUGAUGCUGAGAAAAGUUAAAAUAAGGGUUAUUAGAAUUAGGAGCUACAUAAUGAACUACUUUGUUUUUAUUUACACGAAUAUUGCUUGGUCCAUAUACAAAUAAAAAAACCAUACAUUGUCAUUUUAUAACUUAUAUUGUAUUGGGUAUAUAAUUAAUCAGUUAUAUGUAAGUAGAAAUAAAAGAAUUACUUUUCA